AUGGGGGUGGCGGAGCCGAACCCGACGUACUCGCCGUCGUCGAUCGCGACACCGGCGCCGGACCCAUCAGCGUUCCGCCAACGCGACCACGGGCACGCGCCGUCGGCGCCGCGGUUCGCGCCGGCCGCGGGCAACGCUACGCUCGGCGUGCUCGAGGCUCGCCAGCGCCUCGAGGAGCUGGCGGAGCGCGAGUUCGCCGACAUGGGCAGGUCCGGCGGCGACCAGGGUAAGGAGUUCCUCGACGUCGCGACGAUAAGGGACGCGCUGGUACUCCGGCAGCGCGGGACGCCGGCGGCGGAGAUCGAGAAGCGGCUGAGGCUCAAGCAGGGUGUCGUGGCUAGACUGGGCCGGCCGGGCCUAGUCUCUCCAACAUCAUAA